UGCUAAUUGUUCUCUUAAAUCUUCCUUUUUUUGAAUUAUAGUCAAAUUCAUUUUUGUGUUUAAGUUAUACACCCUUAAAUGCAAAACAAAGGUGAUAAACUUGGAAGUUGUUUAUAAAUAUCAGAAUUUUGCUGAAAAAUGUGAGCUGUCGUUUUGUAAAAAUCAUGUCGGAUGUGUGAAAAACGGAACUGAAGCAUUUUGCAUCUGCAGAAAGGGAUUCAUCGGAAAACAUUGUCAAUUCUGUAAGAUAAUCAACGCUGUUUCUGGACUAAAAAACGCUUUUUUAUAUCUGAACUUUUCUUUAUUUUUAUCUGGUUAUACCCUGCCAGGAACCUACAUAAUCGAUAUGGACGGUUCUGGGCCAUUGGAGGAAACCUAUGCGUACUGCGAUAAUGGUGUAACUUCGGUAACGCAUAAUAUGCCACCGAUGACGGUGAUAAAAUCUGAAAAACGAGGCGAUAUAAAACAUAUAGUAGGUUUUUCCAGACUUUUCUCGACUGAGGGGUUGAGAGCGUUACGCCAAAAUUCAGCUUUCUGCAAGCAAACCGUGCAGUAUAAAUGCAACACCGCUCCGCUUCGGUUAGUAACAACAACUCUUUGGGGUACACAUGGUUACUUGGGAGGUGUGAGACGUCUUAUGAUUAAUGGAAAACUAGACAAUACUUUACUGGGACUAAGUCGAGGUGAUCCAGUAUAUGUAAGUAUGGGGUGUGAAGACCGUUGUGCUCAACACGAAUGCUGGUAUGGCAGCAAAUGUGUUGAAAAGUUUGAUACAAAGCAAGUGAAAUGUGUUUGCAAGAACAAUAUCACUCAUUCCGGUGAACACUGCGAGAAAAGUAUAAACGAUGACACAUCGGUAAGCUUGCACAGUAUGAAGCAUGGAUUCAUAAUAAUAACAAAUCCAUCCGAGACAGCGUUACGCGAUCGCCUUGUAUUCAGUGUACAAUAUACUUCAGGGCUGUUUUCAGAUACUGUGAUACCACCGAUUUCUCCGGCUGGAGUUCCGACUGAACCACAAACAUUUUUGUACAUCGGCGGCGUACCUACUGAAAGACGUCAAACAGCAUUGAUUACUCCAGUGUAUAAAAGCAACGUUGCAGGAUUGCUGGGUUGCGUUCGGGGGUUAAUGGUCGGCAACCAGUUAUUUAAUUUGCGUAAUACAAGUUACUGGGCCUACUAUGAAUCAGAAAAGGUUGAAAGCCAGUGUCAAAAUGAUGGUCACUGCACAUUUAAAUGGGAAAAUACAAAUCCGAACGCUAGGCUAACCACAUGCGAAUGUUCUAAAACUUCAUAUUAUGGAGAUUAUUGUGAAAAAGGUCUUUCUUCAAAAAAUAGAGAAAAUGCUAGAAAAACUGAUAAAAUUUUUAACAAAUCUUCUUAUAGAAGACUUGAAAUGAUACUGUGUAAAAAUGGUUCAGUGAAUGUUGGUAUUAUAACGCCCGAUAACACCUUUGUACAUACAUUUCCAUUCAACUAUGCUGAUGGUUACAGACAUUUCGUAUAUGCUGUUCAAAAUUCAAAGCGUAUUUUUUCUGUUACUGUAAGUUAA